CCGUAAAUAAAUUUCUAAAUGAAGAGAACUAUAAGCAGUGCUAUGUUGACUUUAACUACAAUGGCCAAACAAAAAAAGAUACAAAUUCUAAGUAUGUUUUUGAUAUAGAGAUGACUCCAUACAUGGAUGAAACUUUAGAUGUUGCAGUUGUUAAAUUAAAAAGAGAUAUACAUAAGGAGUUCCCACCACCGCUAGAAUAUUUUGAAGUUCUGGAUCCUGAAAAAAAUGAUGAUGAGCAUAUCUAUUUAAUUGGCCAUGAUAAAGGAAAUAAAUUACACAUUAAUUAUGGAAUUGGACUAUGGAAUCCUACAGAAAAAAGACUGACAGAUUUAGUAAAGUUUUGUCAGGAGUAUGGAAAAGAAAAUGGGUACAAAGAGUUGGACAGAAAAGAUAGAUUAGUAAUUCAAUGUAAAUUUGUCACUGGUGCAUCAGGAUGCCCUGGUGUUAUUAUACAUGGAGACAAGGCUUCUGUUGUUCUUAUUUAUACUCGAGGUUAUCCAGAUUUUUAUUUUAGUAAAAACUUUCCACAAAAAGAUAAGCAAGCAUUUCCAGAUGAGAAACUACUCCAACAAGGAGUCAACAUUGGGCCUGUUUUUGAAUCUAUGACCAAAAAUAAAACGUAUUUAAAUUUGAGAAAUGAAAUCUUCCCACAUCAAGCCAGUGAAGAACAACAACAGCUAAAUGGUCAACACCAGUAUGCAAUAGAUGGUGCCAAAAAAACCAAUCCAGAAAGUACAUUUGAAAAUGUAAAGGAUUUAGAUAAUCACACAACUGUAAGACAGGAAACAGGAAAUACUACAGGAAACUUGACUACUUGCACAGAUGAAGGUGCUAAAACAGCAAUACCAGAGUCAGUCAAAUGUAUUAGACAAGUAUCUUAUGUUCUUGCAACUGGCGGAAAGGAAAACCUAUCAUUAGCUUACCAACAAUUUGAAAAUCAGGGUGUUCAGAAUAUUACAGUGAAUAAAAGUGGACUGAAUAUUAAUCCAGACACAAACCUUGAUGUAAAUGGAGAUAGCACUUUAAGAAUGCCUGCAAAUCCUGGUAAAACACGACCAAUGGAACAUAUAAGUAUUGAAGAAUGGAUUGGAAAUGACAUGCAAGCAUACAAAGAGAAACAAUUAAAAGAAUUUGAACUUUCACUCCUCAGUAAAGCAAUAAAUGUUUCAAAAGCAAAUAGUGUUGCUUUGCAACUGGGAUUAACUCAGUCUGAUUUUGAACAAUUUAGGCAUCAAGGUCAAACAGACUUAUGUUACCUCAUUUUGUAUAAAUGGAGAAACAAGAACGGUAAUGGAGCAACUCUUGAAAGACUCAUCGGAAUCCUGUUCUGUGCCUGGGAAUCAAAUAAUGAGAGUGUUUUUACAGAAGAUUUAAAGUCUGCAAUUCUUAGAGUAAUGAAAUGAUACUAGAACGUUUAAAAUGUGCCUUUCUGGGGGAUACAGGAAUGGUGAUGUCAUUCCAUCUUUCCUUGUAACCAAUCUCAAAUAUAUACUUAUUUAUCUCAUCAAAUUGAAAUAAUACUUGUGUCUAAGGUUGACAUCUAAAAUAUCUGAGUAGACUUUUAAAGUGGUAAUUAAUUAUAUUUGAGGAAUUUGAGCCACUUAGAAGUAUAUUAAAGUGAAAAUUCCAGUACAUGGACUUGUUGCUAAAGUCCCCUCCCAUCCUGUCGUUAAGGAGGAAAAAAUCCUGUGUAUGAAAUAUUUC